GCAUUUUUGAGCUACCAAUACGACGAUUUCUCCGGCUCUUUUUGUUCGCUCUCUCUAGAGUGUGUCAUCAAACGCUGGAAUAAGCGUUGCCAUAGCCAUUAGAAUAACUGCUCUGAGAAGUUAUCUUCAGUUCUGAGCAAACAUAGAAAACAAAACUCUGUGGACAAGAACGGCAACGAAGACGGGAGCUUUCCCAUCUAUGGAAGGUUCUCGAACGAUCACGUGACGUCUCUAGACCAGUUACAUUACACUUUUGAAAAAUACUCUGACGUAGUUACAUGUUCUUGUUUUUUUCCAGAGGAGAACGACGGCUUUGUCCAGUCAAUGACAUAUUAGUUCGACGAAGAGAUCACUCAGGCUGAGUGAGAAAGGAGAAAAGAAACUUGGAGAAGUAUAAGUGUUAUUUAAAGAGGAAUUGUUACGGUUUUGGGGGUUUUCAGUUGAGAAAAUGUUAUUUGUUGGAGAAAAACAGGGAAUGGCAUAGCACGUGGAAAAAUUUGACCAAUCGCAGUACGCGCUCCCGACAGAAGUGUAUAAAUACCGGUCGAUCGCUGUAGGAGCUGUCCGCCAUCGAAGACUAAAUAAGUGGGAAGGAGACCGCGCAAGCGUUGUGUAUUUUUAAGUAAACGUGUAUUUAAACAAAAACAGUAACUGUAAAAUCGCGUUACACGUCGACGAGAAUCAUCGUUGUUCCUCCCUCCGGCAGAUCAUCUUCGGCACAGAGCAUCUGUCUCAAUUCGGCAGUUAAAACAAUCUUGUUGUGCCAGAGACGGAAAGUUCUGGCAGAAGAUGUGUGAUGACAACUGAAGCACGGCGAAGGAUCGUUGCGAACAAGCGAGCCCCCGCUGAAGAGCCCGAACCGUAACCAUGUCGGACGUGAAAGGACCCCACAAGGCGGCCACGUGCGGAAACCCCCCACCCCCCCAGUACAAGAACCCCAAGACGCCCGGGCGGCUGACCAAUCAGCUGCAGUAUCUGCAGAAAGUUGUGGUCAAGGCAUUGUGGAGACACCAUUUCGCUUGGCCCUUUCGGCAGCCUGUGGAUGCCAUGAGGCUGAACCUUCCCGACUACUACACAAUCAUUAAGACGCCAAUGGACUUGAGCACCAUAAAGAAGCGUCUUGAGAACAAUUAUUACUGGAAAGCAAUGGAAUGCAUUGAAGACUUUAACACAAUGUUCACAAACUGCUACGUGUAUAACAGGCCAGAAGAUGACAUCGUGCUGAUGGCUCAGGCCUUGGAGAAGCUCUUCCUGCAGAAGGUGGCUCAGAUGCCCCAGGAGGAAGUGGAAGUUUCCACGAUCACAGCAAAGGCACCUGGGAAGGGGAGGAAGCCCACUUCAGUUGCGGUGAAGUCGAAGCCCCAGUCCCCCGUGUCCGAGGUCGUGUUCCAGCAGACCGUGACCGUGAUCCCCCCCGAGAUGCUCCACUCGAUCCCGCCCGCGCCGCUCUCGGCGCAGAUCGCCGCCAAAAUCAAGAAGGGCAUUAAAAGGAAAGCGGACACCACCACCCCGACCGCCGCCGCCGCCGUCGUCGUGACGAGCAGCGAGUCGUCGCCGUGCACCGAGGCGAAGGCCUGCAAGCUGAUGUCCAGGCGGGGCAGCGGGAGGCCCAUCAAGCCCCCCAGGAAGGACCUGCCCGACUCGCAGCAGCAGCACCAGGUGGGCAAGAAGGUCAAGCUCUCGGAGCAGCUCAAGCACUGCAAUGCCAUCCUGAAGGAGAUGUUCACCAAGAAGCACGCCGCCUACGCCUGGCCCUUCUACAAGCCCGUCGACGCCGAUCGGCUGGGCCUGCACGAUUACCACGACAUCAUCAAGCAGCCCAUGGACCUCAGCACCAUCAGAAAGAAGAUGGAGGCCAGAGAAUACAAAGAUGUCCAGGAGUUUGCUUCAGAUUUUAGAUUAAUGUUCUUCAACUGCUACAAGUACAAUCCACCAACUCACGAGGUGGUGCUCAUGGCAAACAGGCUUCAGGACGUGUUCGAGAUGCGCUUCGCCAAGAUGCCGGACGAGGCGGCGGAGGCGGAACAGCCGGAGCAGCCCUGCGAGCACCGGGCCAAGGCCGAGAAGAAGGACAAGAGGAGCCGGGUGGAGAGCUCGUCCAGCUCGGAGAGCAGCAGCGACAGCUCCUCGGAAUCCGAAAGCUCCUCGGACACGGAGGAGGAGAGGGCCCAGCGGCUGGCCAACCUACAGGAGCAGCUGCAAGCCGUGCGCGAACAGCUGCAGAUACUGACCCAGACGCCAUUGCUGAAACCAAAAAAGAAGGAGAAAUCGCAGAAGGACAAGAGGAAAAAAGACAGGAAGGAGCCGCAGAGGCUAAAGUGCGAGGAGGAGAGGAAGCCGAAGCCGAAAGUGAAGAAGAGGUCCGGCAAGGGCCCGUCGGCACUUCACGGCAAGAAGAGCAAGCUGGCGUACGACUCUGAGGACGACGAGCCGUUGGCCCCCAUGGCGUACGACGAGAAGCGGCAGCUGAGCCUGGACAUCAACAAGCUGCCGGGCGACAAGCUGGGCAAGGUGGUGAGCAUUAUCCAGUCCAGGGAGCCGGCGCUGAGGGACACCAACCCCGAGGAGAUCGAGAUCGACUUCGAAACCCUGAAGCCGUCCACGCUGAGAGCCCUGGAGCGAUACGUCAUGACCUGUCUGAGGAAGCGGCCCAAGAAGCCCAGCCAGAAAAAGCCGGCCAAGCCCAAAGUGCAGCGCGGCGAGAAGAAGCGGGACCCGGAGAAGCGUUUGCCUGACGCCGGCGAGCCGCCCAGUUCGGCCAAGAAGACGAAAAGGAAGGGCGGGAUGGCGGGCGGGACUAAAGGUCUGGGGGGCCCCUCCAGACUCAGCGACAGCAGCACCUCCUCGAGCUCUGACAGCAGUAGUAGUGAUUCUAGCACUUCAGAUAACAGUGACUCUGAAUCAGAACGAAAAACAAAGCAGAAGCUAAGCAAAGGUGCCAGCGAUUGCAAACUAAAAAUGAAGGAAGUGAAGCAGACCGGCUCCCAGCGAGGCUCCCUGGGAAAGGCGCUGGAUGACUCCGUGCCCCUGGCCAGCCUGCUGCCCCUCGCUCAGAACCCCCACCUGCAGGACCCCAGCCAGGCCCUAGCCGUUCCGCAGGAGACGCCCGAUCCUCCUGAAGACACCCUUACGUCACCUCCAGGAGUCUCCGCCCUUCUGUCUCCGCUGAGCUCCCCGCCCGCCGCGCUGUUCUCCAGCUGCGGAGCCUCGCUUCCUGCACUGCCACACCCUGCUGAGGUCAGGAUGGAGCGCCUGCUGUUAUCCCCUCUUCAGGAUAGCCCACUGCACUCUGGGAAGGAUGAGAGAAAGCACCCAGAGUCCCAGGAUACCGGUCAGUGCGAAGGUGGAGAGCAGGACUCCUGCGAAUCUACCCCGACGCCUGGAGCAGCGCACGUCGGCGCCGCUAACAAAGUCACCAAGGAGACGAAACCCUCGCUCCCGAGAACGGACAUCGUGCUGAAGAACGCCGACUCCUGGGCCAGUUUAGGGAAGAUGGCCACCUUCACCCCCUCCACCAUCAAGUCUUCGAAGGAGAGCUUCCAGCAGUUCCGCAAGGCGGCCAUGGAGAAGGAGGAGCGGGAGAGAGCUCUUAAGAGGCUACAGAUGGAGGUGGGCCGGGAGAAGAGGCCGGUCCCAGAAAAACCCAGGGAGGAGCCGGAGGUCGCCGAGAGCGCGCCGGCAGCAGCCCCCGCCCCCGCCCCCGCCAUCGAGGCGCUCAAGCCAGCGGAACCGGCCAAACCGGAGCCUGCAGCAGGGCCGCCACUGUCGCCGCCGCCACCGCCAGCCGCGCAGGGCCCACAGCUAACGACGCAGUCCUCGCUGGACCGGGACCGAGAGCUGGCCCGAAAGAGAGAGCAGGAGCGCCGGCGGCGGGAAGCUAUGUCGGCCAUCAUUGAUAUGACGAUGCAAAGCGACAUCAUGGCGACGUUUGAGAAGAACCUGGACUAACUGAGCUUCCAGCUCCCCGAGGCAUUUGACAGAUUCCUUGUAUUACAAAAUAUGGUACAUAUCGAUGUUCCUAUGAACAGUACAGACUUCCCCCUCCCUCCCUCCAAUAUUGGAUGUCUGAGCCAAUCAUUUUGGUGAAGAAAACGGGUCAUUGUUAAAGAAGAAACUUGCUGCAUGGCAACUUCACUUAGCAUUUUAUUAUAGUUGUAAGAUACUGUAUAGUGUAAAAAAUAUUGUGUUUUUUUGUUUGUUUGUUUUUUUUUUUUUGGUGUGUCCAGACACUCUAAAAAGGACCAUAUCGUUCUGAAAUGUGUGCACUGAGGGUUCUGUCUGUCACUUAGCUAGUAGAUAUUGGGUAAGGGUAGAAAAUGAAGUAUUGUUGUAAACCUGAAAAUCAUACACUGCUUGUAGUUGAACCUCACACCCAUACCCACACGUUAGAAGCCUAUGUUUGCAAGUUUUUUUUUGUAGCAAAGUCUUUUGUUGACCACAGUACAUUAAGCCUUUUAAAGCCAGGUUUACAUGUUCAGACUACAUUCCACUGCAUUUAUUUUUGAUAGUUUCUUUCUUUUCUAUGUAUAAUCCCUGUUGUGUUUUUGUACCGGUGGUAACUUCGAAUGGCAUUACUGUAAUGAAUAAUAACCGUGUAUGAUUUCCUCCUCUGGUCCAUUUCAUAGUACUAAUUCAGCAACUAAUGCAGAAAAUAUCUGUGCUUUGAUGUUUUCAGUUGGAAUAGUCUUACUGAUCUGUAUAUAAGUGAAGGAAUGUCCUCUGCAAUGUUUUCUGUAAUAUCAGAAUAUAUAUGGAAAAUGUUUAUUUGUAAUAAAAUAAUACUUAGCAUUUUGUUACCUGGAAGUAGCAGUUAACUUUUUGCCAAAUGUUGGUAUUCAAACGUGGGACAUAUUUUUUAGGCUACUGUUUGCUUCAAUUGUUUAAGUUUCGACUUGAAAGUGCAGUGCCAUAAAGUGGUGUGCUUAUUGCAAAUUUUAGGCAAUACGUGCCUAAUUUGAUAAUCCUGUUAAUAAAAUGAAGAAAAAGAAGAAAAAUUAGAUGCAGAACUUAAGUAUUCCUGUCUAUUGGACUCAUUUUACUUUUCAUUGUAGAAACCUGGAAGACGUGGAGUGCGGUAUUUUGUUGAUCCUGUGAUUUUCAGGCAAUUUUACAGUGCUUUCCCCACUUUGGCUGUACUUGAUACAGUAGCACUUUAUCCUUUUCUGUAUCCGUUGAAGUAUGAGAGCAUGACUUUACUAUAUAUAGAGAACUAAUAUAUAAUUUUGAAGAAAUCACAUUCUAAAGUCAAAUCAUUAAAAUAUUUUCAGUAAAAA